CGCGCCUCGCUCGUAAUGACUACCACUCCCGCUCAUCUACUACCAGCAACGUGGUCGUUGCCACCUGCACCACAUAUCGUUGCCCGCCAGUCAUUAUUGUAUUCAAAUGGCUGCCCUGUGCGGCGUUGGGAAGAUUUCAGGUCGAAAUCGGCUACGUUGCGUCCAUCCCCGAUGCAAAUCCUUUUGGCGAGCUACUGGGACAGUCGACUCAUUCCCCUCUGUUCCUGUUCAACCCUUGUCUUUGUAAAUCGUUUGGCUUGAUCUGGCAACCGAGAGCUGAUCCGUGACCAUAUUGUCGAAGACUAUAAAACCUUGGACACGAUAUCCGAAGCAGUAACAGAUUGGCAACCCCUUAGAGACGACAACUUGAUCUGGCACGCUGAUUAGACAGUCUGGAGUACUACUGAGACGCGUCCAGCAAAGGUGACCGGUGUACCCAGGAGACAAGAACGUUAGCUACUGCUGUGAAUUUGCCAAGACCUUCAUCACGAAGCUGCAAGAUUCUCCCAAACUCGACCCAUCAUUGCAUCAGAGCCGGUGUAGUCUUCACACCUGCCAAGUAACUUCGUCAUUGUGCUCAGCUGCGCAGGACCCUAGAGACUGACAGGCAGGGUAUUCGUGAGUCAGUUCAAAGAUUUCCCGCGCCAGUGGCUAUCAGCGACGAUAAGUGUGUUGACACGGACGCCAAGAGAUCAGCUAAGUCAGUGCGCACCUUUCGCAUUCCGACCUUGUUCACUACGUGCGUGCGUACUACCACCAUGGACACACCUCUCGCGACUCCUCGACAGCUCCGCCACUGCAGCAGUGGAUGUACGAUGGUCGGAUGCGGAAAUGUUGUUCAAACUUUACUGCGUUUUUCCAUGCUGGCGGUCAUCGGUGCCACUGCCAGUGGCAUCUUGACGCUAUCAGUAGCGGAGACGGACGAGGUGCGUUGCGAACGCUAUCGAAACUUCAGUGUGGGUGUAAACAGCUCCCUGACGAAUCAAAAUACGUCGUUUGCGAUGAUUUACAUCAACGAUGGACAGUGGUUUUCAGACCUGACCCUUGGCGUGGGAGACGACAUCGGAUCUCCGCUCAAGCCGGGACUAAGAUGCUCCAUAAACAACAUCUUCAUCAUUCACCCAUUCCAGCACCUACGCGGAGGAAGGUCGCACGAAGUAGCCAUGGAGAGCUUCAGGCACCCCGGAUUCUUUGUCACCGCGACGGAGACAAAUCUGACAGGCUGCGGACUGACCAGGGAGCUGCGCUUAGAGUCGCUGCAGGACAUCACAGAGAGGCAGAGGAAUGCAGGCCAACCAUUGGAAAACGCUCUGAAGUUUAUCUUCAGCAACAACGAAAGUUGGAACACGUUGGAUUACGAAGUCCAGAAUGCCUCCAAUUCAACACAGUACUUCAGGGUAGCUGUGGAUCAGAUGCUCAAUGGACAGACUUCGAAGAUCAGAUCGCUGCCUCUGGUCAAGCUCCUGGGCGACGUGAAGACGGGUCCCGAGCACAAUUGCAGUCGUAAUUCCACAAACCAGGGGCACACUCUGACAUCGCUCAGCCGGGUCAGACUGUACGAGAGCCACACGAAGCUGUUCAACUGCUACCAGGAAAACCCAGAAACGUUGUGCGAGCAUGUCUCCAGUACACGCUCCCCGGGCCAAUGCCACCAGUCCUGUCUCUUUAGCAUGGAGAACUCGCAUUGCGGAGCAUCGUGCAAAAGCCCAUACCUAGAACAGGUGCGAGAUGGGAAGACAGCGUGUCAUAGCUGGAAGCUCACCCAGCACUAGUCUGUGCAGUUUUGUCAUCAUCACUGGCUUGCCACUCUGUGCAUACAAAACAAUGAUGUCAUGCACAUAACCCACUAUGUACAAAGUAUACACGAUGAUGUCAUCAUGCACAUAACCCACUCCGCACAAAGUAUACAUGAUGAUGUCAUGCACAUAACCCACUCCGUACAAAGUAUACAUGAUGGUGUCAUCAUGCAGAUAACCCACUCCAUACAAAGUAUACAUGAUGAUGUCAUGCACAUAACCCACUCCGUACAAAGUAUACAUGAUGGUGUCAUGCACAUAACAUCGAUAGUUUGCUAGUCGUCCAGCUCUGGGACGUGUGACACCAGCCAGCAUUUUGAUCAUGACAAAUUCAGCACAAGACAUCACUCAAACACACACACACACACACGCACACACACACACACACGCACUCACUUGAGUGCACACAGCCAUGGCAUCCCCGCACCGAUUUCAUUUUCUUGUAGCUUAGCGUGUAAUGUUGCUGUCAUCACUGCAAGCUCUCUGCAGAACUUGUGCAGAAAAUUGCACAUCUCUCCGAUCAUGAGAAACCUGGUUUUCUUUGCUUUUGCUUUUGUACGUUGCUCAAAUUCCCUUUCUUUCAGCAUUUCCGAAGUUUUCAGUAAGGUUUGCCUGCUGCAAUUCACCAGUCUUGAUAUCUCUGGAACAUCAACUCCAGGGCCUGACAUAAACCGUUCUAUUUUAUUGCUCAUCUCUCGAGUCUCCAUCCCAUUUGUACCAUACAGUACAUCUAUUUACACUCCCCCCCCUCUCUCUCUCUCUCUCCUCUCUCUCUCUCUCCUCUCUCCUCUCUCCUCUCUCUCUCUCUCUCUCUCUCUCUCUCUCUCUCUCUCUCUCUCUCUCUCUCUCUCUCUCCCUCUCUCUCUCUCCGCUUCCCGGAACCUCAUUAGGACAAACACUUUCCCAUGGAUCUUUUAGUACCCUCUCCCCAUAUUGUAUUUAUUUAUUUCUUGAUUUUUUUGAUUGCCCACACAUGAUCAGUGUGGAUGACUGCCUCUUCUUUAUUUGGAACUUCAUUCUCGCUCAGAUGCCCAUACAUGAAAACCAAUAAUACGUGUAGUUUCAACCUUUUAUCGAUUUCAAUGUUCAAUGCAUCAAGGCUUGCUCGUAUUGUAAUUCGCUUUUCAACUGUA